AUGUCAGCCGAACUCACAGAAAAAGAAAAGAAUGCCUUGAUACGAGAGCAGCAGGAGGCAGAGUCGAAGAAAAGGGCUUAUAGAGAAAGAAAGCAGGAGGCCAGGGACAUUGCUAAGAAGAACCAGGUCAAGUUCGAAAACCAGAACCAAGGGCCUGACUACGAUGUUGCCGAAAUGCCCAGAAAGAGAUUCUACAGACAAAGAGCACACUCCAAUCCUUUCUCAGACCACAGUUUAGAGUACCCAAGGGACCCUGAUUCCAUGGACUGGAAGAAGUUGUACCCUCAUUACUACGAUGAAGAAACACAGAAGAUGACCAAGAAUGUGGAGAUUGCCGAUAUUGGCUGUGGAUACGGUGGGCUCCUUAUAACGUUGGCGAGAGAGUUUCCAGAAGUUUUGAGUUUGGGCAUGGAGAUUAGAGUGCAAGUGACGCAAUAUGUUGAAGAUAGAAUCAUCGCUUUGAGAGAGAACAACCAGGCCAAUAACGAGUACCAGAAUUGUGCUGUCUUGAGAGGCAAUGCCAUGAAAUUUAUUCCUAAUUUCUUUCACAAAGGACAGUUGCUGAAGAUGUUCUUCUGCUUUCCCGAUCCACACUUUAAGCAGAGAAAGCACAAGGCCAGAAUCAUCACGAAUACGCUUCUCACGGAGUACGCCUAUGUGUUGAGAGAAGGAGGCAUUGUCUACACAAUCACCGAUGUCAAGGAUUUGCACGAAUGGAUGGUGAAGCAUUUGGAGGAGCAUCCAAUGUUCGAGAGAAAGACCAAAGAAUGGGAAGAACAAGACAAAUGUGCACAAUUGAUGUGGAACCUGACGGAAGAAGGCCAGAAGGUGACGAGAAACCAGGGAGACAAGUACAUAGCAUGUUUUGAGAGAUUGCCUACGCCCGAGGAUUGCGACUAA